UGUUGCGCAAGGUAUGUGUGUGUGUGUGUGUGUGUGCGCGCGCGCGCACCUCUUCCAUGAGGAAUGCACAAUUUGUUGGAUCGCUCUGGAAACAUUCUGGCAGUGUUCCGGGACUUCCAGCAUAAUGGAAGAACGUUAUCUUUCCCCCGCGCAGCUCUCCUAACUUGUGACUCCGUGAGCGUGACUCGCUCCGCGGCCCCCCCCAUCCGCGGGGCCGCGCGCCGGUACCCUUCGGGUUGCCUCGCGCUAGCAUCGGAGUCCCACCGAUAACUACUGUCAGCAAUACAGUGACUCCGUCCGCCGUGACUCAUGUCUGUACACUUUUCGACAGCUCCCUAUCGUAAAACAUCGCCUGCCUCACAAACAUCAACAAAGAUGCCAGUGGAAACGGUGUCCCUCAGAGACCGGUCAGCGAUCGGGAGGUUCCCUUCUGUCACCCUGGGCUGGGGGGAGGAACCUGGCACAGAGAAGGAGGAGUCAGAAAAGGAGGAGGAGCCAGUGCAGGAAGGGGCGUGCCGCCGCUGGUUCCGCAGGAUGUGCCCGUGCUGCUGCCGCAAACCCAGCGACUCGAAUGACAUCAUGGACACCGUCGUCACGGGGAUCACAGAGGACGGGGAGAAACCGUAUCAGCCCCACACGGGGGCCAGCGAAUUGGACGAGUUGGCGUUGACCGUCCGCUCAGUCGACCUGAUGAAGUCAAAGAAGGGCCAGACUCGGAGCUUGCACCAUACAGAUCGCUACCAUGGCGACAACCUCAUCAUACGUCGGGGUCAGACCUUCCAGAUGUGGCUUGAACUCUCGCGACGUUUUGACCCCAGCACCGACAAACUGCACCUGGAUCUGAGGAUGGGUCCGCUCCCGGUGGUAUCCAAGGGAACGCAUGUCAUCGUCCCAUUGGUGGAUGAGCUGGAGGAAGAGAGUUGGGAGGCCAAGAUCGUCGAACAGAACGGCAAGCGGAUCAAGCUGUCCGUCAACUCACCGCCCACUGCUCUGAUUGGCCGAUAUCAGCUCACCGUGGAGACGCACAGCCCCAGUGGAGAGGCCAGGUCCACUCUCAGUCCCAGCAAUGACAUCUACAUGCUGUUCAACCCCUGGUGUGAAAGUGACACGGUGUACAUGGACGACGAAGAGGAGCGGGAGGAGUACGUGCUCAACGACGUAGGGAGGAUCUACUACGGCACCGAGCAGCAGAUCGGGGAGCGCACCUGGAACUACGGACAGUUUGAUGAGGGGAUUCUGCCAGCCUGCUUGUACAUCCUGGAGAAGAGUGGGGUUCCACCCUCCGGUCAAGGAGACCCUGUCAAUGUGGUCAGAGUCAUUUCUGCCAUGAUAAACUCCCCAGAUGAUAAUGGGGUGCUGGAGGGGAACUGGUCGGGGGACUACACGGGUGGGACAGCCCCCACAUCAUGGAGCGGGAGCAUGGACAUCCUGAAACAGUUCCACCAACAGGGGGGCAAGCCCGUCAAAUACGGCCAGUGCUGGGUCUUCUCUGGGGUCACGACCACAGUGCUCAGGUGUCUAGGAAUCGCCUGUCGCAGCGUGACAAAUUAUAACUCCGCCCACGACACAGACACCUCCUUGACAACAGACAUAUAUUUAGAUGAGAAUCUGGAGCCGAUCGACCACCUUAACGGAGACUCAAUCUGGAACUUCCACGUGUGGAAUGACUGCUGGAUGGCACGGCCAGACCUGCCCCAAGGGAUGGGGGGGUGGCAGGCCGUGGACUCCACCCCCCAGGAGACCAGCCAGGGAACGUUCCGCUGUGGCCCCGCCUCCCUCUCCGCUGUCCGCAGCGGAUUGGUCUACCUCAAGCACGACACGCCCUUCGUCUUCGCCGAGGUGAACAGUGAUAAGAUCUUCUGGCAGAGGAAAGCUGAUGGAACGUUCACCCAGAUCCAUAUGGAGAAGAAGGUAGUGGGGCACUGCAUCAGCACCAAGGCUGUGGGGUCGAACAUGAGACAAGACAUCACCCACCUCUACAAACACGCAGAGGGCACGGAUGAAGAGCGUAUCGCCGUGGAGACCGCCUGUGGCUACGGAUCGAAGCCAGGGACCUACACCGCCGCUGCAGCACAAGACGUGUCCAUUGAGGUGACCAUGGAGGGGGAGGGGCCUCGCAUGGGAGGCGACGCCCAGCUGACCAUUGUGCUCAGCAACAGCAGCUCCGAGCCCCGCAGUGCCACCCUCCACAGCCAGGUGGCAGUAAUGUACUACACCGGAGUGCACAAGGCCACCGUGAAGAACGACACAACCCCCGUCGAGCUGCUUCCCAAUGAAGUGAAGACCUUGGACUGGGUUCUGGAGUACAAGCACUACCAGGACGAGCUGGUGGACCAGGCGGCGCUGAUGCUGACGCUCUCCGGUCGGGUCAAGGAGACCCAGCAGGUUCUGGCCACGCAGUACAACUUCCGGCUGCGUACUCCGGACCUCAGCAUAACGCCUGAAGGGGACGCUGUGGUGGGGAAAGAGAUGGCGGCCAAGAUCUCCUUCACCAACCCCCUCCCACGCGUGCUAAAGAGGGUGCUAUUCCGGGUGGAGGGGCUGGGCCUACAGAGCGUGAGGGAGCUUGCUGUGGGUGACGUGGGAAGCCACGCCACGGUGACGGUAACCGAGCGCUUCGUGCCGACGUUGCCGGGGCCAAGGAAGCUGCUGGCCUCGCUGGACUGCCGCCAGCUCACCCAGGUGCACGGCGUGGCGGACAUCAUCGUCCGGGAGAAGUGAGCCGCCCGCCCGCCCGCCCGUCCGCCCGCCCGUCCGUCCGUCAGAGCCAGCGCUCGUCCCUGCGAUUGUCAACCCGUCCUCUCCCCACCUCCCCCGAUUCCCCCGUGUCUGCACUGUGAAGGACUACGACUCGCUGGUCUGGGAUCAGUUCAAGCAGGCGUUACCUCACAGGACCGGUAGCUGCAGGCCGCGCUGAACCGAUCCCAGACCCCUGCUCUGCGCCCCCACUUACAGCACUAGCACCAGUCCAGCUCUAAGGGCAUCACUGUGAUUCUGUACAAUAUGUGAAUCCCACGGGGGCGAUAAGGUCUACUUCUGCUGUCACCAUGAAAAAAAUGAUGACGCAGAAGAUGGUGAUGAUGAUUUUUGUUGUUGUUCUUUAGACUUUUGUUGCUGUGACAUAUAUGUAUCAUGUUGCCACCAUUUUAUUAUAUUUUUGUAACUUAUGGUUGAUAAGAAGUUGUCUCUACUGACUACAUUGGGCGGCAGCAUUGUAUAAUGGAAAAGGAGCUGGUCUUGUAACUUGUAAAGGUCACAGGUUCGAUUCCCAGAUAGGACACUGCCGUUGUACCCUUGAGCAAGGUACUUAACCUGCAUUGCUUCAGUGUGUAUCCAGCUGUGUAAGUGGAUUCAGUGUAAAUGCUGUGUAAAUGCUGUGUAAGUCCCUCUGGAUAAAUGCCUGUAAUGUACAUGGCAGGUCAUUGUUGGCCGACAUUUUGAAGAAAUGCUUCCUGAUGGGGUACAAAUACGCGACUGCCCUUUUAAAGCGAGUUCAUUGGUGCGGCUGUCCGAUAGCUUCUGGCAGAAGAGGCGGGCAGAAUUUUAGGGGACGCGUCGGUGAACUGAAACCUCCUGGGCUCCUCUUCUUCCUGGAGGGGACGUCACGUCCCGUUUGGGCUCGUCAGUGUCGGGACCGCCCCAGGAGAAUGUCAGCCCUGUUUCCGGGUGUGCCUGUUACCCAGAACGCAGCAGGGCGCAAGCGUUUCCCCUGCUGCUUUUCUGAGGCACCGCUCCCAAACUCAGGCAGGCGAGGGACAGCGUGCGUGAACAUUCCUUGGGUGCGCUGGCGUGAAUUCGGCAGGGGAGGGGGAACAGCAUGGACACAGGGGGCCCGUCCCGUGGCCAAUCAGUGGACCUGAGUAACACAGGUAGCCACUUAAACACAAAAACUGCAAGUGUGAGUGAUGGGACAUGCGCCAUCCAUGCUUUUCCUUCCCAUAAAGCUCUGCUGCAAAUCAGCUCCUCACGCAAAUCAGCCGAAGAAGAAAAAAGCUCUGACCUACAGUAAAAAAUAAAAAAAAAAACUUUUAUUGGAAAUGUUUUUCAUCAGCAAAUAUUUUGUGUUUUAUCAUGACUAGACAUAGAAUAGACAUUCUGAGAAGUCUUUUUAAGUGUUUAUAAAAAUAUUUAGCAAUAGUUGAUGGGACUCUUUUUAAGGAUGCUAGGUGCGCGUACGCAAGGGGGCAAUGUUCGUAGUAAGGUAAAGUUUUCUCCAUGCUGCAGACAUGCAUACUUGUUAGUAUUUACUCACCAGUAUACAUGGCUGUACGCACAGGCACAGAUUAAUUAAACACACAAAAAGUGUUUGUGGAAAAUGCUGUUUUAAAUGUACAUAAAAUUGAUAGAGAUA